UGCACGAGAUCCUUGCUGACUCGGUCCCGCCCUUUGCCGGGAGGUCUGCCGGAAGAUGGCGGCGGCCGCGGAGCUGACGCUGCUGGAGAAGUCUCUGGGGCUGAGUAAAGGGAACAAGUAUAGCGCUCAGGGCGAGCGCCAGAUUCCAGUUCUUCAGACGAACAAUGGUCCAAGUCUAACAGGACUGACUACCAUAGCCGCUCACCUCGUCAAGCAGGCCAACAAGGAGUAUUUGCUGGGGAGCACGCCGGAGGAGAAAGCCGUGGUUCAGCAGUGGCUAGAAUACAGGGUGACUCGAGUGGACGGGCACUCUAGCAAGGACGACAUCCGCACUGUGCUGAAGGAUCUUAAUUCAUAUCUUGAAGAUAAAGUCUACCUUACAGGAUAUAACUUCACAUUAGCAGAUAUCCUAUUAUAUUAUGGGCUUCAUCGCUUUAUUGUCAUGCAGUAGGGAAAGGAAAUACUCAGAAGGAGGGAGCUUGUGUGGAAAUCUUUGCCAGCAGAGUGAACAAAAUCCUAAUUCCCUAAUGUACCAGCUGCCAGGCUAUUUCACUGAUUCUAGGUGCCCACAAGGGCCUGUGGUUCCCAAGCAGGUUGGAAGUGUUUCAUUCAAUGCCGCGUGUUAAAUCGAGGCUUCUGGGAGUACCUUGGUGGCCUAGUGGUUACGAUUCUGGGCUCUCGCUCCUGUGGACUGGGUUCAGUCCCUGGUCAGGGAAACUGAGAUGCCACAAGCCAUGUGGCUCAGUCAAAAAUAAAUAAACAAAAUAAAACUUCAAAAAAAAAAACACCCGAAAACCUAGUCUUCCAUUGACAGUAUUCUGUGAUCCCUGCCUAUUUAUAUCUCUAUUUUGAGAUGUGUAUCCUUGUUAUAUGAUUGCAAUAUUAUGAUUAAGGCUCUCAUGCUCAUUUUUUCUGAAACAAAAUUGAGUGGAAUAAUAUGUAAAUCACCUCACCGUCCCUUCGGGUUCAUCAAAUGAGCCCACAACCGAAGCUGUUCCUCCACCCUGCUGCGUGCGCAGGCAGGUCACGUCGGGGCGGGAGACACCUUCUCAAGGAGCAGGCCUCCCAGACAGAGCCUGUGGUGCUGAAGGACACCCCUUCUGAGUUGGGUGUAAAUGUACCCAGGUGAGAAGAAAGUGAUUUCUAGGUAUUAAUUUCAGGCAGGGUCAACGGGAGGUUCAGCUAGCUUCAUGCUCAAGUUCAUCCCAUAGCUUCUUGUUUUUCUUGGCUGUGUAUUUAUUUUCACCCUCAUAUGUUCCUUCAUUUCCUUGUUCACAUUAUUAAAACUUAAUAUGUCAUCAGCGCAGUCAGCACCGUCCAUGAAACAGGGAACCUUCAAGCCAUCAAAUGAUCCCGCU